UUAUUUUCUUAAACCAGAGACAAUUAUUUACAUUAAAAAAACAACCCUUCGUUUUCUUCAUUUCCAAUUUCAGCCAUGAAUGAAGUGUUACAUUCUCCAACAUCAACACCCCAUUUUUCUCCACCAACCACCACCUACCAAGAACAACAACAACCACCAUCACACUCUUCUUCUUCGUCAUCAUCUUUUUCUUCUUUAGCCGUUGCAAUAAACGAUAGUUUUUCUAACGUAACCGACUGUGACGCAGAGGAGAUCACUGUCACAGAGAGGAAAAGAACAGAACAAGAGUUAUCCCUUUUGGCCAUUCUUGUGACCCUUUUAAGGAAAUCCUUAGUUGCUUGUUCAAGUGAUGGAAGAGAGUUUUGUGCCAUGGAAAUUGGUUGCCCCACUAACGUGCGCCAUGUUGCGCAUGUUACUUUUGAUAGGUUUAAUGGUUUUUUGGGUUUGCCUCUUGAGUUUCAACAUUAUGUUUCCACUACACCUCCUAGUGCUAGUGCAACUGUUUUUGGAGUUUCAACAGAAUCCAUGCAAUUAUCAUAUGACAAAAGAGGGAACGUUGUGCCAACAAUUCUACUACUAAUGCAAAGCCACUUGUAUGCUCAAGGAGGGUUGCAGGCAGAGGGAAUUUUCAGAAUUAAUGCAGACAAUAGUCAAGAGGAAUAUGUUAGGGAUCAAUUAAAUAAAGGAGUGGUUCCAGAAGAUAUUGAUGUACAUUGUUUGGCAGGAUUGAUUAAGGCUUGGUUUAGGGAGCUGCCAAGAGGUGUUAUGGAUUCGUUAUCUCCAGAGCAGGUAAUGCAAUGUCAAACAGAAGAGGAUUGUGCUGAAUUGACAAGUCAGCUACCUCAAACUGAAGCUUCUCUUUUGGAUUGGACUAUCAAUCUGAUGGCUGAUGUUGUACAAGAGGAACAACUGAAUAAGAUGAAUGCACGCAACAUUGCCAUGGUUUUUGCACCAAACAUGACUCAGAUAGUAGACCCUUUGACUGCAAUGAUGUAUGCAGUUCAAGUGAUGAACUUCUUGGCGACACUUGUAUCAAGGACACUGAAGGCAAGGAAGGGUUCUUCUGAUGUAGAAUCAUCAUCAUCUGGAAUAUUUUAUAUGCAGCCUUUUGACAAGAAUGUGGAACGUAGUCUUUUGAAGUCCUUUCAACAACAAGAUGUUUCAACAAAAAAUGAAGUUCUGAUCAAUCAAUGAAUAGAGGCUGUUAUGAAAAGGCCAUUGAUUCAAGAUCAGAAUGGAUAGAAGCCUGCCUGUGGCAGUGAUUCAGUUUUAGUAUUUCCUUGUUUUGUUAGUUUUGUCAAGAAUGUUAUUUUUUUUUUACAAACCAAACUCAUGGUUCAUUUACACACUAGGUUGGCCAAAUUAUCAGGGAAAGAAGUAUACUAGUCCUCAAAAAAUAUUACUUAAAUAGAUAUGACUUAUUUUGAAUACCCAAAGUCUACAUGUGACAUGUAAUAAGUUUUUUAGUAUUAGCAUUACUUUUUUAAUGUUACCCUAUUUAAAAAUA